AUGACCAACAUAUUUUUCCUAUUAUCAUUGUUCAGUUUAUUAAUUCAUGAACAAGUUCGAAGUGACUCAAACACUUGUACACUGACAGAACCAGAUAUUCUUGGACCUUAUUGGCUUAAUGGUGCGCCAGAGAAAAGUAAUGUUGUAUGUGAUCAUUUACCAGCAAAUGAUGUUUUGAAAUUAAGUGGACGUAUUGUUGAUUUUGAUUCAAAAUGUGAGCGGGGUAUUAGAGAUGUUCGACUCGAUAUAUGGCAAGCAAAUUACAAUGGUGUUUACUCGACAGGAAAAUCAUCGAACGAUUGGUUUUGUAGAGGUGUUUUUCAUGCCGAUAGAAACGGAUAUUUUAAAAUUUCUACACUGUUUCCUGGUCGUUAUGAUGAUGGGGGAUAUCGACCAGCACAUAUUCAUUUCAACAUAACCGCUCCAGGAUAUCCCAAACUAAUUACACAACUGUAUUUUGAAAAGGAUGCUUAUUUAUCGCCGGUUGACUCAUGUCGUCAAUGUCGCAGUGAUUCAAAAUCGUUAAUUGCUUCAGUAACACAUAUUAAUGAUAUUAAAACAUAUGAAGGAUAUUGGCAAAUUGUUUUAUCAAAAAAAUCUCAUGGUAAAAAUGGUGGAAAAGCUAGAUUUGUUCGUGGAGCUUAUAUUAACGUUACACCAUAUGUUAUGCCAAUUAAUGGAACUUAUCAGGACAAUAUAAUACAAUGA